GGACCCUGCCGCCUUCCGCACUCCUGGGAUGCUGAAGUCUGCAGAUGGUCUACAAGCACAGAGUUCUGGGCUCCAUCCAUGAGGCAUGUAGUUCUCCAGUAUCAGCUGCUGGAACCAGUUUUACAUCAUUUCCCAGCUUUUUCAUUUUCCUUCCUUUGAUUCAGACGACCAGAAAAAAACAAAAAACAAGAAGAGCCUACCCUGGAUUCCUGUCUUCCCUCCCUCCUCCUUCUAUCAUGGCCUGCAGGUUUUCUCAGUGCAGCGGAGACACAAGGUGUGCUUGCCCCUGACUGGGUCACUACAACAGUUUGCAACUAAGACUGGAAACAACGCCGUCCAUGGAUUGGCCCCCUCACUCAGCUCGGACUCGCAGUGGUGCCUGUGACUGUUAGAUGUGGUUGCAUUCAUGAAUGAAGUACCCAGUAAACGUUGUGUUAUGACGCCGCCUACAGCAAGAUCCUAAACAGGCCCAUCAUCUAUCUGGCACACCCACUGAUACCAAGCCUGAAGACUGUGGCCACCAGUUUUGGAAAACAAAACACACACACUCACUCACACCGAUACCUACUCUCCUCGGCCAGGAAAUAACAUCAAGCAAGUCAAGAUGGGAGAUUUGAACAGUUCAGUGGAUUUUUACCCAAAGAACCAGCGGAGAGAGCAGAAUCAUGCCGGAGGCUUUGGCUGCACUUUACAAGAGCUGCGCUCUCUCAUGGAGCUACGAGGAGCAGAGGCCAUUCAAAAAAUACAAGAUAGUUAUGGUGACGUCCAUGGCCUAAGUAGGAGACUGAAGACUUCCCCAACUGAAGGUUUGUCGGAUAAUGCAGCAGACUUUGAGAAGAGAAGGCAAAUAUACGGUGUGAACUUCAUACCUCCCAAAAAACCCAAAACCUUCCUGCAGUUAGUCUGGGAAGCCCUUCAGGACGUGACUCUCAUCAUUUUAGAAAUUGCUGCCAUCGUCUCUCUGGGCCUUUCAUUCUAUGCACCGCCGGGAGAACAAAGUGAAAACUGUGGGAAUGUGCAGGCUGGAGGCCACGAAGAUGGGGAAGCAGAGGCUGGGUGGAUUGAGGGAGCCGCCAUUUUGUUGUCUGUCAUUUGUGUGGUGUGGGUGACGGCCUUCAAUGACUGGAGUAAGGAGAAGCAGUUCCGCGGGCUGCAGAGUCGCAUUGAGCAAGAGCAAAGAUUCUCCGUCAUCAGAAAUGGACAAGUCAUACAGAUCCCCGUGGCUGAGCUCGUUGUGGGAGACAUCGCCCAAAUAAAAUACGGCGACCUGCUGCCCGCAGACGGAGUUCUGAUCCAGGGAAACGAUCUGAAGAUUGAUGAAAGCUCGUUGACAGGAGAAUCGGAUCACGUGCGCAAGUCUGUAGAAAAGGACCCGAUGCUGCUUUCUGGUACACAUGUCAUGGAGGGUUCUGGCAGGAUGGCGGUGACAGCUGUUGGUAUCAACUCACAAACUGGAAUCAUUUUCACCUUGCUUGGCGCUGGUGGAGAGGAGGAAGAAAAGAAAGACAAGAAAGCUGCCAAAUCUGCCGUCACUGCCCACCAUAUCACUGCCGCUAACGCUUUCCUAACAUCCAGCUACAUGAACGGAAAGCAGCAGGAUGGGGCAGUGGAGAAUAUUCAAAUCAAAGCUAAAAAGCAGGAUGGAGCGGUUGCCAUGGAGAUGCAGCCACUGAAGAGCGCAGAAGGUGGAGAAAUGGAGGAGAGAGAGAAGAAAAAGGCCAGCAUCCCAAAAAAGGAGAAGUCCGUGUUACAAGGGAAACUUACCAAACUGGCUGUUCAGAUAGGAAAAGCAGGUCUGGUGAUGUCGGCAAUUACAGUUAUCAUCUUGGUGCUCUACUUUGUGAUUCAAACCUUUGUGGUGGAGGGCAAAGUGUGGCUAUCGGAGUGUACCCCUGUCUACGUGCAGUACUUUGUCAAAUUCUUCAUCAUUGGAGUUACUGUCCUAGUGGUGGCUGUGCCAGAGGGCUUGCCUUUAGCCGUUACCAUCUCUCUAGCCUAUUCAGUCAAGAAAAUGAUGAAGGACAACAACCUUGUACGGCAUUUGGAUGCUUGUGAGACCAUGGGCAACGCCACUGCCAUCUGCUCUGACAAAACAGGGACUCUGACAACCAACCGCAUGACUGUCGUCCAGUCCUAUAUGGGAGAUGUCCAUUAUAAAGAAAAGCCAGACCCCAGCACCCUCAAUACCAAAACCUUGGACCUGCUUGUUAAUGCCAUCGCCAUUAAUUGUGCCUACACCACUAAUAUACUACCUCCAGACAAAGAAGGAGCGCUUCCCCAGCAAAUAGGCAAUAAAACUGAGUGCGCCCUGCUUGGGUUUGUUCUGGAUUUGCAACGGGACUACCAGCUGGUGCGAGACCAGAUUCCUGAGGAGACGAUCUACAAAGUGUACACAUUUAACUCUGUCCGUAAAUCCAUGAGCACCAUCGUGUGCCUGCCCAACGGAGGAUUCCGGCUAUACAGCAAAGGAGCUUCGGAGAUCAUGCUGAAAAAGUGUACAAACAUCUUAAAUGCUGCGGGUGACCUCCGCACUUUUCGGCCCCGAGAUCGUGAUGAGAUGGUAAAGAAGGUCAUCGAGCCAAUGGCGUGUGACGGACUGCGCACCAUCUGCAUUGGCUACCGAGACUUCCAAGGAGUACCUGAGCCAGAGUGGGAAAACGAGAAUGAGAUAGUGGGAGACUUGACAUGUAUUGCUGUGGUGGGAAUAGAAGACCCUGUCAGGCCGGAGGUGCCAGAAGCUAUUCGGAAAUGCCAGCGUGCAGGAAUCACAGUUCGCAUGGUCACAGGGGACAACAUCAACACGGCACGAGCCAUCGCAGCCAAAUGUGGCAUCAUCCAGCCUGGGGAGGACUUCCUGUGCUUGGAAGGAAAGGAAUUCAAUCGACGAAUCAGGAAUGAGAAAGGAGAGAUAGAACAAGAACGUCUGGAUAAAAUCUGGCCGAAGUUGCGUGUGCUUGCCCGGUCUUCGCCAACUGAUAAACACACUCUUGUAAAAGGGAUAAUUGACAGCACAAUCGGUGAACAACGUCAAGUGGUGGCAGUGACGGGAGAUGGCACCAACGAUGGCCCAGCGCUCAAAAAAGCAGAUGUUGGAUUUGCAAUGGGUUUGGCAGGCACAGAUGUCGCCAAGGAAGCCUCAGAUAUCAUCCUAACAGAUGACAAUUUCUCCAGCAUUGUCAAAGCUGUUAUGUGGGGCCGCAACGUAUACGACAGCAUUUCCAAAUUCCUUCAGUUUCAACUGACCGUCAACGUGGUCGCUGUGAUUGUGGCGUUUACUGGGGCCUGCAUCACUCAGGACUCACCACUAAAAGCCGUGCAGAUGCUUUGGGUCAAUCUAAUUAUGGAUACCUUUGCAUCCCUGGCGUUAGCAACAGAACCCCCAACAGAAUCACUGCUUCUACGCAAACCCUACGGAAGAAACAAACCCCUUAUUUCUCGCACCAUGAUGAAAAAUAUACUUGGUCACGCAGUCUACCAACUCAUCAUCAUCUUCACAUUGUUGUUUGUUGGUGAACUCAUCUUUGACAUUGACAGUGGGAGAAACGCCCCGCUGCACUCCCCUCCUUCAGAACAUUACACCAUCAUUUUUAACACCUUUGUCAUGAUGCAGUUGUUUAAUGAAAUCAAUGCACGCAAAAUCCACGGAGAGAGGAAUGUAUUUGAUGGUAUUUUUGCAAACCUAAUAUUCUGUAGCAUAGUGCUGGGCACUUUUGGAGUCCAGAUUUUGAUUGUCCAGUUCGGAGGGAAGCCCUUCAGCUGUGCUCCUUUAAACGCGCAACAAUGGCUGUGGUGUCUGUUUGUGGGAGUGGGGGAGCUUGUUUGGGGACAGGUCAUUGCCACCAUCCCCACCAGCCAUCUUAAGUGUUUGAAGGAAGCGGGGCACGGGCCAGGCAAAGAUGAAAUGACAGACGAGGAGAACGCUGAGGAUGAAGACGAAAUUGAUCACGCCGAGAGAGAGCUCCGCAGGGGUCAGAUCCUAUGGUUUCGCGGGCUGAACCGUAUCCAGACACAGAUGGAGGUAGUGAGUACCUUCAAGAGAAGCGGUUCAUUUCAGGGUGCUGUGCGUCGGCGUUCCUCGGUCCUCAGCCAACUCCAUGAUGUAACAAAUAUUUCUACCCCCACUCAUGUAAUUCUCUCUGCCGCCAAUGCCACCAGCACUGCUGGGAAUCCGGGUGGUGAAAGCAUUCCGUAGUUCCCUCUACGAAGGCCUAGAGAAACCUGACUCCAAGCCCUCCAUCCACAAUUUCAUGGCAACCCCUGAGUUUUUGAUCAACGACUACAUCCAUAAUAUUCCCCUUAUCGAUGACACAGAUGCGGAAGAUUGCGAGGAGCCUCCAGGCAAGGUGCUGUGGUCCAUUCCGCCCCCGUCUCCCAACAAGAACAACAACGCUAUUGAUAGCGGGAUCUACUUGACCACAGACACAAGCAAGUCAGCUGCCUCUUCCAAUCCAGAAAGUCCUAUGCACAGUGUGGAGACUUCCCUAUAACAGAACAAUGUACUCAUCUCCAGUAACCACAAGCAAGACCAUAGAAACUCUUUGCUUUUGCUGAUGUGUCAGCAGAGCCUAUAUCUGCAGCUGAAACAGCUUAGAUGUACUAAAAAAAAAAAAACACACACAAAAAGGUUAUCCAAGACCAAAAUGUAUGAAUAUUCAUAUUUAUGUAUUCAUUUUAAAGAAAAGUAUUGGAGGUUAUUAAGCAUCUUUCCUCGUUGGUUUGUAUUUUGCAACCCGAGGUAACAUUAACAGUUCACUAUCUCAAAUCCAGCAAAGAAAAGGAAAACAUUUAUGGCAGUGAUUUUAGCACCUUGUGGGCCUUUUUCUUUUUUUUUGGAAAUCGUCCUUUUCUUGUCAUCUAAAUAAUAAAAAAAUUAAAAAUAAAAAAAACAACAAACUGUAAUUGUUUGGCCUAAUCUAAAACAAGAGAAAUUACAAGGUUACAUCAUUAAGACUGCAGUGUAUUUCAGAGGGGAUUCAACUUAGCUUACAUUUAAAAAAAAUGAAUUUUAAAAAAAGAUAAGGCAUUUUAGAAAUGAUUAAAAAAAAUUGUUAGAAAAAAAUAAAAAAUAAAAUACUACAAACUGUAAUUGGUGGGCCUAAUCUAAAACAAGAGAAAUGCCAAGGUCUUAACGGUCAACAUAUUUUUAGUGUUGCCUAGAUAAUAUCACUAUUACAUUUUUUAAUAAAAGCUUAAAAGCCCUUCUGGAAAUACAUACAUGACAAUUUCUAAAAUGCUUUAUCUUUUUAAAAUUCCAUGUUACAAUUGUAAACUAAGUUGCAUGCCCUCUGAAAUACACAACGGUCUUAAUGAUGUAUUUUUGGCAUUUCUCUUGUUUUCAAUUAGGCCAACCAAUUACAGUUUGUAGUUUUUUUUUUCUAAUUAUUUUGGGUGACAAGGAAAGGGACAUUUUUGAUUAGUAAUUAGUAGGUGUAAAUAAAAAAAAUUAUAAAAAACAUUACAAAUUCCUAAUCAAAAAUAUCCCUUUCCUUGUCAACCAAAAUAAUAAUUAAAAAAAAAACCUACAAACUGUAAUUGGUUGGCCUAAUUGAAAACAAGAGAAAUGCCAAAAAUACAUCAUUAAGACCGUUGUUUAUUUCAGAGGGCAUUCAGCUUGGCUUAAAUUUAGAAAAUGGAAUUUUAAAAGAUUAAUCAUUUUAGAAAUUGUUAAAAAAAAAAAAAGGGGGUUAGUGGCAAGCCAACAGGAAAAUCGUCUUUUAAGCUUUUAUUCAAAAAUGCAAUAGUGAUAUUAUCUAGGAAACACUAAAAAUAUGUUGCAGUAUACUUAGUAGGUGUAAAUAAAAAUAAAAAAAAUCUAAGUAAACUGCAACAUAUUUUUAUUAUUGCCUUGAUAAUAUCACUAUUGCAUUUUUGAAUAAAAGCUUAAAAGCCCUUCUGGAAAUAUAUAAAAGACUAUCCUCCUGUUGGCUUGCCACUAACCUUUUUUUUUUUUAAAACAAUUUCUAAAAUGCUUUAUCUUUUCAAAUUCCAUUUUCCAAAUGUAAGCUAAGCUGAAUGCCCUCUGAAAUACACAAUGGGCUUAAUGAUGUAGCCUUGACAUUUCUCUUGUUUUAGAUUAGGCCAACCAAUUACAGUUUGUAGUGUUUUAUUUUUUCUAAUUAUUUUGGAUGACGAGGAAAGGGCAAUUUUUGAUUAGGAAUUAGUAGGUGUAAAUGAAAGAAAAAAAAUUGAAUUCCUAAUCAAAAAUUACCUUUUACCGUGUCGUAAAAAAUAAUUAGGGACAAAAAACACUACGAACUAAUUUGUUGGCCUAGUCUAAAACAAGAGAAAUGCCAAGAAUACAUCAUUAGGAUCGUACAUUUGGAAAUAGAAUUUUAAAAUAUAAAGCAUUUUAGAAAUUGCUAAAGGAAAAAAAAAAUGUCAAUGGCAGGCCAACAGCAGGACAGUCUUUUAUAUAUUUCCAGAAGGGCUUUUAAGCCUUUUUUUUAAUAAUGCAAUAGUGAUAUUAUCUUGGCAACACUAAAAAUAUGUUGCAGUAUACUUAGAUUUUUUUUUUACACCUACUAAAUAUACCACAACAUAUUUUUCGUGUUGCCUAGAUAAUAUCACUAUUAUAUUUUUGAAUACAAGCUUAAAAGUAUUUUAUACCUAUAUUUCCAGAAGGGCUAUCUUGCUGUUGGAUUGCCACUGACAUUUUUUUAUUUUAUUUCUAAAAUGCUUUAUCUUUUACAGUUUGUAGUGUUUUUUUUCUAAUUAUUUUGGAUGACAAGGUAAGGGCAAUUUUUGAUUAGGAAUUAGAUUUUUUUUAUUAUUAUUAUUUACACUUACUAAUUCCUAAUCAAAAAUUGCCCUUUCCUUGCCAUCCAAAAUAAUUAGAAAAAAAACAAACACUACAAACUGUAAUUGGUUGGCCUAAUCUAAAACAAGAGAAAUACCGAGGCUACAUCAUUAAGACCAUUGUGUAUUUCAGAGGGCAUUCAGCUUAGCUUACAUUUGAAAAAUGUAUUUUUAAAAGAUAAAGCAUUUUAGAAAUUGUUAAAAAAUAGUGAUAUUAUCUAGGCAACCCUAAAAAUAUGUAUCAGUAUACAUAGAUUUUUUUUAUUUACACCUACUAAGUAUACUGCAACAUAUUUUUAGUGUUGCCUAGAUAAUAUUACUAUUGCAUUUUUGAAUAAAAGCCCUUCUAGAAAUAUAUAAAAGACUAGCCUCUCAUUCACUUGCCACUGACUUUUUUUUUUUUAACAAUUUCUAAAAUGCUCGAUCUUUUAAAAUUCCAUGUUACAAAUGUAAACUUAGUUGAACACCCUCUGAACUACACAACGGUCUUAAGAGAAAUGCCAAGGAUACACCAUUGUUUAAAUUAGGCCAACUAAUUACAGUUUGUAGAGUUUUUUUUUUAUUUGUAUUUUUUAUGUAAAAGGAAAGAACAAUAUUUAAUUAGGAAUUAGAUUUUUAUUUACACCUACUAAAUCCUAAUGAAAAAUUGCCCUUUCAUUGUCAUCAAAAAAAUAAAUAAAAAAAACACUACAAACUGUAAUUGGUUUGCCCAAUCUAAAACAUGAGAAAUGCCAAAGAUGCAUCAUUAAGACUGUUGUGUAUUUCAGAAGGCAUUCAGCUUAGUUUACAUUUGAAAAUGGAAUUUUAAAAGAUAAAGCAUUUUAGAAAUUGUUAAAAAGAAAAAAAAAUAAGUGGCAGGCCAACAGGAGGAUAGUCUUUUAUAUGUUUCCAAAAGGCGUUUAAGCUUUUAUUCAAAAAUGCAAUAGUGAUAUUACCUAGGCAACACUAAAAAUAUGUUGCAGUAUACUUAGUAGGUGUAAAUAAAAAAUCUAAUUCCUAAUAAAAAAAUUGCCCUUUCCUUGUCAUCCAAAAUAAUUAGAAAAAACCACUACAAACUGUAAUUGGUUGGCCUAAUCGAAAACGCGAGAAAUGCCCUGGAUAUAUCAUUAAGACCAUUGUGUAUUUCAGAGGGCAUUCAGCUUAGCUUACAUUUGGAAGAUGGAAUUUUAAAAGAUAAAUUAUUUUAUAACUUGUUAAAAAAAAAUUAUUAGAAAAUAAAAUUAAAACACUACAAACUGUAAUUGGUGGGCCUAAUCGAAAAGAAGAGAUACAUCAUUAAGACCGUUGUGUAUUUUAGAGGUCAUUCAGCUUGUCAGUGGCAAGCCAAUGAGGGGAUAGUCUUAUUUAUUUUCAGAAGGGCUUAUAUUCAAAAAUUGGUAAUACCAAGUAUACUGCAACAUAUUUUUGAGUUGCCUAGAUAAUAUCACUAUUGCAUUUUUGAAUACAAGCUUAAAAAACCCUUCUGGAAAUAUAAAAAAAAAAUGAUCCUCUUAUUGGCUUGCCACUGAGAUUUUUUUUUUUUAAGUACACUAAAAAUAUGUUGCAGUAUAUUUAAGUGUAAAAUAAAAAAAAAAACUGAAUUCCGAAAUAAAAAAAAAAAUGCUUUUUUUAGGUGACCAAAUUAUGUAUGUUCUCAUCUAUAAAACCAUAAUAAAAUGUACAAUAAAGGGACAAUACACCUUACCUUUAAAAGCAUCACUUUAUUUAUUGCUCAUACCCUUCGAAAAACAGCAUGGAAUAGAAAACUUUAGUCAAACACGUAGGGGGGAAAAAAAAAAAAAAAACGAAAUAUAAUGUAAAGUCAUAAAACUAUUCUAUGCCAUACAGUGCAUGAUUUUUACAUUGUAUUUAUUUAUUUUUUAUAUAUAUUAGAAUCACACCAAAAUAAUGUAAAAUCAUGAAACUAUUCUAUGCCAUACAGUGCAUGAUUUUUACCAUAACAUUUUUAUUUUAUUUUAAAUAUUAGAAUCACACCAAUAUAAUGUAAAAUCAUAAAGCUAUUCUAUGCCAUUCAGUGUAUGGUUUUUACAAUUUAAUUUUUAUUUUUUUCAUAUUAUAAACACACCAUUUGUCUUAAAUACCGUGUCCUGUUCCUAUAUGAUCCUACAUUUCUGCAUGAGUAGCCUAUCGUUAUUUGGUAAGAGAUGAAGGAAUCACAAUAACUGCCACUUCCAUGCUUUACUUGCCAGUUUUUUACACAAUAAAAAAUAACAUGAACAUUUUUAACCUAUUUAAAUAACGAAAUCAAACCUAGUGAGGAUGCGUACGUACGUAAGCGAUGCUGGAGCUGGCGGAUUAUGGAUUGCCACACAUGUGGAAGACUAUCCUUGAAAACCUUCCUGCCCAACACUCAACCCGAAUUUUAAGAUGAAGAGAGUCAUGAAUGGUGGACUAAAUUUACUUAAGUGGUUUGAGAUUAAAGUGGACUUUUUCUAGUUACAAGCAAAGUGGAAGCCUCCAAAUCCCUUUUCUUUUUUGUUUACAUUUUUAUUUUUUUUAUUUGAAGGGAUGAUGCCUAUAAAAUUACUUAAAUAUCAAGUUUGCAUUAAAUAUAAGCCAUGCGAAAUCCUGCGUAAUGAAUCUUAAAUGCCAACUUUCUGUUUUUUUUCUUCCUCUGCUCUGUAGGCAUUUCACAAAAAAAUUGGAAUUCAAUUCACAGUUGCAAACCAAUGCAAGGUGAAUAAAAAAUUCUGUUUCUGUAGCCUUGUAAGAGCAAACUUAUCUAGAGUAAGUUAAUAAAAAAAAAAUUGUGGUGGAUUAAAAAAAAAAAAAAAAAUCAUGACAGGGUCCUUUUUUUUUAAAUUUGUAUUUAUUUAUUUAUUAAUUUUAUUUUAUUUGAACAUCUGUGUAAUGCCUAUGGUGACACUCAGAACUACCAGCUCUAGAUGGUUAAAGCCAUUCCUUUAUGUUGAAAGAUUGCAGCAAAUGAUCAGCUAAAAAAAAUAUGACAGUAAGAAAAAAAAAAGAAAAAAAAAAGAGAAAAAG